AUGCAGAUUUUCGUAAAGACAUUAACUGGCAAGACCAUCACUUUGGAAGUCGAGUCUUCGGACACCAUCGACAACGUCAAGUCGAAGAUCCAAGACAAAGAAGGCAUCCCACCUGACCAACAGAGACUUAUCUUUGCAGGUAAACAAUUGGAGGAUGGCAGAACACUAUCGGACUACAACAUCCAGAAGGAAUCUACAUUACACUUAGUCUUGAGAUUGCGUGGUGGUAUGCAGAUUUUCGUAAAGACAUUAACUGGCAAGACCAUCACUUUGGAAGUCGAGUCUUCGGACACCAUCGACAACGUCAAGUCGAAGAUCCAAGACAAAGAAGGCAUCCCACCUGACCAACAGAGACUUAUCUUUGCAGGUAAACAAUUGGAGGAUGGCAGAACACUAUCGGACUACAACAUCCAGAAGGAAUCUACAUUACACUUAGUCUUGAGAUUACGUGGCGGUUGCUAA